UUUGAUCCAGGUGUUAGAAAUAUGGACAUUGUGUCUUGUGACUUUCUGUAUAGUUUAUGUGUUUCUGCUGCACUUAACUAUAAAAGAGACAGUUUGUUAAGACCGUUUCCACCUUUCUUUGUAAAUGAAGAUCAAGAAAAAGCGUUUGAUGAUUUGAUAAAGACAGCAACCAAAUUACCUGCUUUGCACAAGAUACAAUGGAACAAUACAGAUCAUAUUAAUCCAAAGUCCAUCCGAUUAUUAAAGUGGGUCAUCAACCCAAAGACGUUUCAUCUCACACUUGCUGAUAAUAAAGAGUUCCAAAAGUUCACCGAAUUGACAGCAGACAUUGAUCCACCCCACGCUCCAGACUAUCUUUUCAAAGUUGUUUAUAACGACAAGAAAAGUGAGAAGUUUCAGCAACUUGCAGAAGAACAUUCUUUAAUGUACGCUUACCAUGGAAGUAGGGUGGAAAACUUUCAUUCAAUAUUGCAUAACGGGUUGCGAAAUAACUUGAACAAGGUUACACUCUUUGGAGAAGGUAUCUACCUCUCCAGUAGCUUCAAAGUAUCCGCACCAUUUAGUCCAACAGGCACAGCUUGGUCUAACAGCUUCUUUGGCGACUCAAUAAGUUGUGUUGCUCUUUGUGAGUUGGUCAACCAUCCGGAUGUAAAAUGCUCUGUGGAAGCGGUAAAGGAGGACUCCAAGGACUCCAACCUCCGGAAUCGCUCUUCUGAUCCUUGUUCUUCCCAAAAGUCUUCCAAACAUCGCUCCUACAUCAAGGGUAGUGAAGGAGGACAAAUCCCGGAUAAAUACUUUGUAGUCCGAAACGACGAACUGGUCCGAGUAAAAUACAUAGCUCUCUUUGCACCUAAAGCUGAUAAAAAGCUCAUCUCCAACGUAUUAUCUGGUAAAACUGUCACACCAACUGAGAGGAGAGGAUUUUUCGCUCGCCAUCAAUUUUUUCUUCUCAUGAUUUCUUAUAUUUUUAUUCUUUUUCUUAUUGGAUUUUUUAAUUCUUCAGUAUUCACCGCAUGGUGGCGCAAUAGAGCACACCAUGAAGAAUCUCCAUUUUUACCCUGAAGUUUUUUAAUCACUAUUUAAGAGAAAAUGGUUUACCCUAUCACCUAUAAGUAUGUAUAAACAUGGGUGUUAUAUACAGAAUCUACAGGUAUUACUUUAUAUUUACCUUUCUAGUAUUCCUUUAUACUUUUUCUGCUCAUAUUACUAUACGAUAUACUAUGGGAUACCAUUAGCACAAAUGGGACGAUAAAAAGGAUGAAAAUAUGGACCAUCUUACCCCACUCUACUACAUGUAAAAAAGCAAUUGAAAAGUGCACUUAAAACUGUGUAAAUUGUUACCGUAUUGCCUAUCAUUCAUAUUAAAUAUAGCUGGGUGUACCUUG